AUGAACACUCAACAGAUGGAGCAGAUGGGCCAGUUCAAGAUCACGGUGUGGGAGGAGGAGAACUUCCAGGGAAAGCGCUGUGAGUUCAUGCUUGAGUGCCAGAACAUCAUGGAGAGGGGCUUCAAGAAGAUCCGCUCCAUCAAGGUUGAGAAUGGACCGUAAGUCCACAUUGUUAGUGUCCUCCGUCUCCUGUCUCUCAUCUGUCUCCAUCUGACUUUCAGACACCAUGAAACCUGCUCGACCUCCUCAGAGUCUCUUGUUCUGGAUUACAGUCUGUGCUUGUCCGUGUGUUUCUGUGGGAGAUUAACUGUAGUCCUGAGACCUUCAGAUUAAAGCUUCACUCAGGGUUUUUCAGAAUAACGGCUCAAAAACAACAAAACUGGAAACUCAUGAUUUUGUAUAAAUUCAGUCAGAAACAUUCUUAUCAAUGAUCCUCCUGGUCUGAUCCGAGCUCCCCGGACCUGACCACAGACUGUAACCAAUAACCAAUCAGAAAUGAGCGCCAACGCUGUUACGGCGUUAUUACACGCCAUGUAUUGUUUGCAUUCAUUUGUGCAUGCAUCCAAGUGUAACCCACUCUCAAUAUGAUGUGGCCGUGUGCAGCAGCUGGCUGUGAGCCUGGAUGGCUGACUGACUGACUGCUGAUCAGAUAAAGAGCGGCGGGUGGAGGCGGGUGGAGGCGGGUGGAUUUCAUGUUUGUUCUGUCAUCGCAGAGACAAAAGAAGCUUUUUCUGUGGCGCUCUGUGGACAAAAAUGAACAUUUUGGUGUUUUUUCACAUUUAUUCUCAGUGUCCUCAGAAAUUUUCCCGUUUCCAGACUUCUUAUUGGGUCAUUCAGCUCUAAAAUUUCCCCUCUUUUCCUCUUUUCUCCUUCCUCCACCUCCGACCAGCUGGGUGGGUUACGAGUACCCAGAGUUCCAGGGACAGCAGUUUAUUCUGGAGAAGGGGGACUACCCUCGCUACGAAGCCUGGAGUGGAAACAGCAGUUACAGAACCGAACACCUGCUCUCCUUCAGACCCAUUAAAUGUGCUGUAAGUUUGAACAUCCUUCACUUUCUCCUUUUUCUCCGUUAAAAUAUCCCUGAACCUCUUAGUCUUUUCUCUGAUCUGAUCUGGACUCUGGGAGCCUGAAACAUGUCAGCAUACUCGGUUAUUUCAUGACUGUGAGUCCGUCUUUGACUCUUUGUUGUCGCUGCAGAACCACAGCGACAGUAAGGUGACCCUGUACGAGUGUGAGGACUUCCAGGGCCGUAAAUUUGAGGUCUGCGAUGACUACCCCUCCCUACAGGCCAUGGGCUGGUGCAGCAAGGAGGUUCCCUCUAUCAAAGUCAACUCAGGAGCGUAAGUCACAUUUUAGUUCUCCCAUCUCUGCCUCCCUGUUCUCCUUAAUAUACGGAGAAUAUAAAUAUAAUAUAAUAUAAAUAUAAUAAAAAUAUCUGAGUCCAUCUGAGAAACAUCCACAGAGCUUCACUGGACCAGCUGACAUGAAAACAAAUAAAGCCGUUUGCUUAUUAUCUGAUCUGAUCCUGAACCCCCACCCCCAUCCUCCCUCUCUACAGCUGGGUGGCCUACCAGUUCCCUGGUUACCGUGGUUACCAGUACAUUCUGGAAAGAGACAGACACCAAGGCGAGUACAGAAACUACAACGAGUUCAGCACCCAGGCUCACACUAACCAGGUGCAGUCCAUUCGUAGGAUCCAGCACUAA